AGUGGAGAAUGCCCUCCUCAAGUGAGGAGAGGGAGUGAAGCGCAGCCUCCCUAGACUCUGGGGGCUGAGGUGGGCGUGAGCAAAGAUUUUAAUUUAAUUUGAAAAUGAGUAAGUGCAGAAAGCUACCACUGGGUUCAAGUCCUGCGACAUUCAGCCCAGAUGUUCUUGCUGAUAUUUUUAAACUCUUUGCCAAGAACUUUUCUUAUGGCAAGCCACUUAAUAAUGAGUGGCAGUUACCAGAUUCCAGUGAGAUUUUCACCUGUGACCACACGGAAUUCAGUGUGUUUCUUGAUUUGAAGAACUCCCUAAAUGAAGUGAAAAACCUACUGAGUGAUAAGAAAUUGGAUGAGUGGCAUGAGCACACGGCUUUCACUAAUAAAGCUGGGAAAAUAAUUUCUCAUGUGAGAAAAUCUGUGAAUGCUGAACUUUGUACUCAAGCAUGGUGUAAGUUUCAUGAAAUUUUGUGUAGCUUUCCACUUAUUCCACAGGAAGCUUUUCAGAAUGGAAAACUGAAUUCUCUACACCUUUGUGAAGCUCCUGGAGCUUUUAUAGCUAGUCUCAAUCACUACUUAAAAUCCCAUCGAUUCCCCUGUGAUUGGAGUUGGGUGGCUAAUACUUUGAAUCCAUACCAUGAAGCAAAUGACAAUCUUAAGAUGAUUAUGGAUGACCGACUUAUUGCAAAUACCUUGCAUUGCUGGUACUUUGGUCCAGAUAACACCGGCGAUAUCAUGACCCUGAAAUAUCUGACUGGACUUCAGAAUUUCAUAAGCAGCAUGGCUACCGUUCACUUGAUCACUGCAGAUGGAAGUUUUGAUUGCCAAGGAAACCCAGGUGAACAAGAAGCUUUAGUCUCUUCUUUGCAUUACUGUGAAGCUGUCACUGCUCUGUUGACUCUUGGAAGUGGUGGCUCUUUUGUUCUGAAGAUGUUUACUUUGUUUGAACAUUGUUCCAUAAACCUGAUGUACUUGCUAAACUGUUCUUUUGACAAAGUCCAUGUUUUCAAACCUGCUACCAGCAAAGCAGGAAACUCAGAAGUCUAUGUGGUAUGUCUCUACUAUAAGGGAAGAGAGGCAAUCUAUCCUCUUUUAUCUAAGAUGGUGCUGAAUUUUGGGCCUGAAAUGACCAGGAAAGCUCUCUUUCCCCAUCACAUGAUUCCCGAAUCUUUUCUUAAAAGACAUGAAGAAUGUUGUGUGUUCUUUCAUAAAUACCAGCUAGAGACUAUUUCUGAGAACAUUCGUCUGUUUGAGUGCAUGGGAGAAGGGGAACAAGCAAAGCUGAAUAGUUUAAGGGACUAUGCUGUUCAGUAUUUCAUGCAAAAGUUUCAAUUGAAGUCUCUUUCCAGAAAUAAUUGGCUAGUGAAAAAAUCUAAUAUUGGUUGUAGUACAAAUACAAAAUGGUUUGGGCAGAGGAACAGAUAUUUUAAAACCUACAAUGAAAGGAAAAUGCUGGAAACCCUUUCAUGGAAAGAUAAGGUGGCCAAAGGGUACUUUAAUAGUUGGGCUGAAGAACAUGCUGCAUAUCAUCCUGGGCAAAGUUCUCUUUUAGAAGGGACAGCUUCCAAUCUUGAGUGUCACUUAUGGCAGAUUUUACAGGGAAAGAAACUGCCAAGGGUAAACUGUUCUCCUUUCUGUGAUGGUGAAAUUUUAAAGGCUCUUAAUGAAGCAAUUGAAAAGUCAUUGGGAGGAGCCUUGAAUUUGGAUUCCAAGUUCAGGCCAAAACAGCAGUAUUGUUGUUCUUGUCACAUUUUUUCUGAAGAAUUGGUAUUUUCUGAGUUGUUUAGCCUUACAAAAUGCCUUCAGGAUGAGCAGGAUGUAGAACCCAGCAACCAAGUAAAGUGCCUGCUUGUGGGUUUUCCAGCUCUCCAGCAUGUCAAAAUACAUAUACCAUUGGAAGUUCAACUCUUGGAAUCAGCUGAACUCAUGACUUUUAGCUGUUCAUUGCUUCAUGAUGGAGACCCAACUUACCAGCAGUUAUUUUUGGACUGCCUUCUACAUUCAUUGCAGCAGCUUCAUACAGGAGAUAUUAUGAUUUUGCCUGUACUUUCUUGUUUUACAAGAUUUAUGGCUGGUUUGAUCUUUAUACUCCACAGCUGUUUUAGAUUCAUCACAUUUUCUUGUCCCACAUCUUCCGAGCCCCUGAAGACUUGUGCAGUCUUGCUUUGUGUUGGUUAUCAGGACCUUCCAAACCCAGUUUUCCAGUAUCUGCAGAAUGUGAAUGAAUUGUUGAGCGCUUUGGUUAACUCUGAUGCACCCCAGCAGGUUUUACAGUUUGUGCCAAUGGAGGUGCUCCUUAAGGGCACACUACUUGAUUUUUUGUGGGAUUUGAAUGCUACCAUUGCUAAAAGGCAUUUGCAUUUGAUUAUUCAAGGAGAGAGAGAAGAAAUCAUCAGCAGCCUUCAGUUAUGAAGUUGAACUUGUCUUUUCUGAGAUUUAACUUCACGGCUUCUUGCAGUUUCCGUUGGUAUUGCAUCCCUUUGCUAUUAAUUUAAAAACUUUUAUUUUGAGGAAAGGCCAACUUUUGCAUCAUUUAAAGUUUCAUUUUUUCUGGAAAACCAUCAGCUAGUUCUGAUCUGUAGGGUAUAUACACUCACAGACAUAGAGUUUUCUAUGUGGUAGAAUAUAUGCAGUGAUGAUAUUCAACCUCAAACAUGAGAAGUGUGUAUGAGCUUGGGGUGGACACACCCAUGCUUGCAUAUGCAGUUUAUGCAGUUGGUCUUAUUUAUCUGCUUAAGAUUUACACCUGUGUGCCUUCAUUCAGAUUAGAUUUUUUUCCAGCUAAUUUUCUCUCAGUGGCUAAUACUGUUAAUGGAUUGAUAGAGGUCUUUGAUGAAAGGAGGUGAGCCACUACUCAGCAACACUAAUUUCCUUUAAUACUGACCGUGUCAGUUAUGGAUAUGUGGAAUUCAUCAUGCCAGACAUCUUGAUACAUGCCAUUCAUUGCCUUUAGGCCAUCGAUCCAGUUUACUUCUGUGGUUCAAAUGAAUCUACUGUGCUGUUUUAUAAAUAUUUUACUUAACCACAACCAUCCAACUAGAAAGGAUAUCAAGACAGCUUCGAACCAAAGAUCAUGUUUAAAAAAAUGAAAAAUUAUUGUGUCUAAAACACUCCUAUAUGAGUGAAAAGUUUCACUUAGCAAUGGUGUGUAAUUUUUAACUUCUGGGAAAUAAUCCGUGAACAAAAAGAUUUUUUUAAAUUGCAAAGUAAUGUUUAUGGUCUCAUAAUGCGGACAUGUGAAUGUGAUGAAUGUAGUGAGUACUGAAGAGAAAUUUUAACACUUUCAGAAUGAUGGUAUAACAUUAAAAAUUUUUAAAUUUUCAUUAAUUCUUUUUUUCAGUAUGAAAGUAGCACUUUACCAGAAGAUUAACCAUGAGAUCGUUACUUUAUCAAUUACUUUUGAUUUCUUUUGAAUUAUAUAUAUUUGUCAGUAUAAAUGGGCUAUUCUGGCCAACUGAAUUAAGCAGAUCUUUGUUACUUUGAAAUUCUGCAAAGUGAAGAAAAUGUGUAUUGUCACAUGUGCAUUUUAGACAUUUUUGUUAGUUAUAUGAAAAGUAAAUGUAUUCUUUGAUGUAUUUGGUUGAUAAGUAUUAAUCUGAAUUUUUUCAUGUC